UCAAAAACAAGAAGGCUACCCCCUCCCACCCCGACACACUCCCACCGAUGAUGCCCUCGUUCCUGGCUUCAUUGCUCCGUCUCAACUUUUGUUGAGUCCCCGGUAUCAUCCGGCUUCGCGUCGCGUCUCUGCGUUCGUUCUGUGCCUCUCUCUCUUUCUCCAUCUCUCUCCAUCUCUACAUCCACGCCAUCUCUGGCGUGCCGUGUCGUCUUUGCUGCCUGCAUUGCGUCAGGGGUGCGCCCGCGUGUUCAUCGCCUCCCGUCUCCACCACGCACCGUUGCCGUAAUCGAGAAGAACACGAAUAGCGUCAAUACGCCGUAGCGAUAGUAAUCAUUCAUUAAACACAAGGACAGUCAGACGCGCCUGUCGGCAGAAUAGCACAAAGAAGCGAAGCAGCGGCAUUACUGUAACAACCAAAGACGCAUCGUUGUCGGCAUCACCGUCAGCAGAGGCAUUACCAGCAGCACAAUCAGCAGCAGCUACAGCAGCAUUAGCAGCGGCACAAUCAUCAUCAGCAGCGGCAUCGCCAUCAGCAGCACAAUCAUCAGCAGCAGCAGCAGCCGCAUCAUCAAAUAGCAGCCGCAGCAGCCGCACAUCGCCACCCACAACUGCAGCACCACCACCACCCACAACAACAACAGCACCACCACUCACAACAACAACAGCACCACCACUCACAACAACAACAGCACCACCACUCACAACAACAGCACCACCACCACAAUGCUGCGCCUUGUCAGCAGAGUCAAGUCUCGUCUCCACCAUCACCACCAACACGUCGGGGUGGGCAGCCGGGCAGGGGGCCGGCUCCAGCCCCCCCGACUCGCGGCCGCCUCGUACAGCAGCCACAGCGAGCACCCCCCUGCACCUCCUACGGGCACCACUCAUCAUCACGACAACGACGCGGACAAGGACAGGGACGACCCCAACUUCUUUCACAUGGUCGAGGGCUUCUUCGACCGCGGGGCGAGCAUCCUGGAGGACAAGCUUGUGGACGACAUGCGCUCCAGAGACUCCGUGGAGGAGAAACACAAACGCGUCCGCGGGAUCCUGAGGAUCAUCAAGCCGUGCAACCACGUGCUGAGCGUCUGCUUCCCCAUCAAGAGGGACAACGGCGAGUGGGAGGUCAUCGAGGGCUACCGAGCUCAGCACAGCCAACACCGCACGCCCUGCAAAGGAGGGAUACGGUACAGCGAAGAGGUGAGCGUGGAUGAAGUGAAGGCUCUGGCAUCUCUGAUGACGUACAAGUGCGCCGUUGUAGAUGUGCCGUUUGGAGGUGCGAAGGCCGGCGUGAAGAUCAACACCAAAAACUACUCGGACAACGAGCUGGAAAAGAUCACGAGGCGGUUCACCGUGGAACUCGCCAAGAAGGGCUUCAUAGGUCCGGGCAUCGAUGUGCCGGCGCCGGACAUGAGCACGGGGGAGCGCGAGAUGUCCUGGAUCGCCGACACGUACGCCAACACCAUGGGGCACAACAACAUCAACGCGCACGCGUGCGUCACGGGGAAGCCCAUCAGCCAGGGCGGCAUCCACGGCCGCAUCUCGGCCACGGGCCGCGGCGUCUUCCACGGCAUCGAGAACUUCAUCAACGAGGCGACGUUCAUGAGCUCCGUGGGCCUGACGCCCGGCUUCAAGGGCAAGACUUUCGCUGUGCAGGGUUUCGGUAACGUGGGCAUGCACUCGAUGCGGUACCUGACCCGAAACGACGCCAUCUGCGUUGGCGUCGGAGAGAUCGACGGCAGCAUCUACAACCCCGAGGGCAUCGACCCCAAGGCGCUGGAGGAGUACAAGCUGCAGCACGGCACGAUCGUCGGGUUCCCCGGUGCAAAGCCGUACGAGGGCAGCAUCCUGGAGGCGCCGUGCGACAUCCUCAUCCCGGCCGCAGGGGAGAAGCAGCUCACCAAGCACAACGCUCACCGUGUCAAAGCCAAGAUUAUCGCAGAGGGAGCCAACGGACCAACCACCCCGCUCGCCGACAAGAUCUUCAAGGAGAAGAACGUUCUCGUGAUCCCGGACCUGUACCUGAAUGCGGGCGGUGUGACGGUCUCCUACUUCGAGUGGCUCAAGAACCUGAACCACGUGAGCUACGGGCGGCUCACCUUCAAGUACGAGCGGGACUCCAACUAUCACCUGCUUAACUCUGUGCAGGAGAGCGUGGAACGCAAGUUCGGUAAACACGGAGGGCCGAUCCCGGUGGUGCCAUCCAGCGAGUUUCAGGCUCGCAUCGCUGGCGCUUCGGAAAAGGACAUCGUGCAUUCGGGUCUCGCCUACACCAUGGAGCGCUCGGCACGGCAAAUAAUGCGCGCGGCGACGAAGUACAACCUGGGGCUGGACCUGCGCACGGCGGCGUACGUCAACUCCAUUGAGAAGGUGUUCCGCGUCUACAACGAGGCCGGCCUCACCUUCUGAUCGGGAAGUGACGGGGGGGGGGCGGUGGGGGGUCCGAGUCGUGGAAUGGUGAGAACCAGCCUGGUCGCCCUCCUGCCUGCCAGCUUGGUCCAUCGCCUCCAAGGACGAAGUGUCAGGAACGACAAAAAAAAAUCCACAGCAACAUCGUCGCCUGCGACGGUUCUGUCCAACGCAAAGAAUUCUCUCUCUCUUGGUAUCUCUCUCUCGGUUUCUUUCUCGGUCUCCUUGCAGUACAGCACGCGACGCUCGCGCUCGUUCGGCACAGCGGCGGGCGCCGCGAUCACCGACGGCGGUGACGCGGCUCUGCACCGAGCGUUGUGGCCGCCUCCUCCUGCCUAGCGUCCACUACUCCGGUGCCCGGGACACUCUGUUACAGCGGCUGCAGCUGGCCAAGAAGGAACACUUCCUUGUCCUCUUUCCAAGUCGGUCAGCGAUUUCGGCCCACUUGGCUUAUGGCCUAUGCCGGUCCUGGCCAAAGCGGUGACCCACGACAGUUCCCGCUGUCCGUGCCCCUCUGUGCACCGCCGUGCCAACACUGCUCCUUUACCCGCCCCCCGCCAUGAUUACAUCAGUGACUGCCAACCACUCGGCUCUGUGUGGUGUGGUGGGCAAGCCGACGUUGCAUAGUCCCCUGCCAGGUUUCUGUUUGUUUCAGUUUUAUGUUUUUCCUUUUUUUUCCUUUCCCACCACAUUUAUUCCGAUUCAUGCACAGAAAGUGGUCCCCUUGGCAGCUUCUAUCAGAGCACCGCGUCCGCCCGACGUGUUGGAGAACGGUCCGCAGAAGCAGACAUGGCACGGCUACUUCUGAGAUCCUUUCAUGUUGUACACGAGGAGGGGGCGCUGCGCCCUCCACGUGCCGUGCUAUGCAGGAAUAUUUCCCAAAUUUUAAGUGAAAAAAAGCCAAAAAUAAAUUUCGCAAGACAUCUGACGCAAUCAUUUGGGACUGGGCUGCGAGCAUCAACUUGCUACAUUUUUGAGGACUUUGUGUUUUAACACGUCGCUGAUUCAAACCCCGGAUUUCAGGAUGCGUGGCUUGGCGCUCCCAUCUCUGAGCCAUCCAGCCACUCGCCUACUUUUAUCUUUUUUUUAUAUUUUCCAAUUUUCGAUUUUCUCGUCGGGGGGAUUUCGCAGGAGGAAACGGGUUACUUGUUGUUGUUGUUGCUUGUGGGAAGGCGUCAUUAUUGUGGCUCUGACAAAUGCCGCGCGGCUGUCUCGGGACUCACCAGUUUACUCCUCUUCAGCGAGGACUUUGUUACGAUGCUGAUUAUCAUGACGCGUAACCCCCCCCCCGCCCCCACGACAGUGCACGCGCACAGGUCGCGAUGUCCGACAGCGUUCUCGUCAACGGUACCCCCGCGAUGACGUCGCUACCCGGGGCCUGCAACUUUGCUCUCCUCCCGAUCAGAUGAUCGCGUCGAAGCAACGGCCACAGCGGCCGCGUCCGUAGCCAUCUCGGUCAGGGUGGUGAUGGAAGCCGUCUCAGUCUUUGGCUCGAAGCGGGUGGGCAUUGACCCCUCCCUCCAGGCUGAUCCAUCUCGCUCGCUCCAUCGCGUUCGUCGUGUUUGACUCACAAAACACUAAAUGCCGCCUCCUAUCUCCGACGCAAACACGCGGGGCUCCGCUCGCGUUUCCCGUCGCGUUCUCUUAGCGAUUCGUGCGCCAAGCAGGCAACUGAGCGAUUUGGGUCGACGCUCCCCGUGGGGGCGGUGUCGUUUAGCGCUGCGUCAAAGUCACGGAACGCACCUCACGUCUCGCUCGGAGCUCGUCAUCCUCGUGCGCUCGUCACGGAGGUUUGGCGCUCGUCCCCAAGGUGUGUCGAGCCGGCUGUACCCCCCCCCUCCCCCCCCAACUCUGCACUUGACACUUGGGCUCAUUGUCCCCAUCCCCAGUGUCCACGGUGACUUGAUGUUGAUGAUUUAAACAAAACAUGUCUACGUUGGAGCUCGAGUCAGACUAUCGUUGUUACGACACUCGUGAUGUCACAGCGGCGCGUGUCACUAUUCAUCCGCGGGACUCCCCCCCCCCCCCCCCCGCCGCUUUAUUCGCCGAAUUCUCACGAUUCGAGGUGGCAAUUGGGAUCGGAAAUCUGCUGUGGGGUUUUUUUCUCGUCGACGGUGGUGCCUCAAGUGGCCACAGGAUUCGUUCGUAUGGCGCCCAACGCCCAGGGAGAAAACAAAACCCCGCGCUAAUUAGACCACCGCUUUCAUCGUUUGGCGAGCACAGACAUCUGUUGGGAUCAUUUCAAGCGCCUCGGACCUCGACGCAACGACGACGCCAAAGAGUUCUAUCGAGACUCCGUUUGACCGACUUUAAAGUCUUUCUAUUUUUUGUAUAUCAUUUAGAAAACUUCUCGUUAUUUUUUGGACACGACGAGGAGGACACACGGCCUAUGUGAGAGCUGUCUGUGCGUAAUUUAUUGGAGCGGGUCCCGCGCGUGUGCGGCCUUUGGUACCAGAGUCGGAUAGCAGGGCACUGCGGUUGACAACUCUUCUUGUAGCCGUGGCUUAAUAACUCGCACGGUGGGCUACGUACGGUGCGAAAGAAGUUCAACGAACUUGCAUAGACUGGAGGAGGCGGCAUCGUGACCUGUCGUGGGCCCGAGAGGGGAGUUGGUCUACUGGACGUGGUGGGCAAGGUGUACGGAAAUAUAUUUCGCCGUUCCCCGGCUGAGAUUCAUACCUCGUUAGCUGAGCUUCGUGUGACGAUACUGUCAGAAAAUAAAGAAAACCUCAUUUUCAUUGUUCGGCAAUGCAAAGCCAUCUUGGCGAGCUUGGGCAUUAAGUGGUCCGAUUGUAUUGGAGGCUUUCGCGACCAAUGUUAUUCGUAAUGAAGGUUGAUAUUGGUGUUGGAUCGCGUGAGUAUGAAUGGGAUAACGACGUUCAUUUUUACGCGAUCUCACCCAAAACACCCCCCCUCACCACCCCCAUUGUUCCGAACGGUUGAGUUGCGUUUGGUUUUGUGGAUGGGUGGGCGAGUGGGGGUUGCAUGUGCGCUCAAAACAAAAACGAGGCAAAAAAUCACCUGGAAUGUAUGAGGAAAAAAAUAAAGGAAUGAUUUAAAUAAAGGGCGUUUACAACAAA